AGGGAGGGAGGCAGCGAGGGAGGGAAGAAGGAGUACAGGCGGGCAAGCAGGAGGCAGGGGGAAGCCUGGGGAGGACGACUGGAGCUGUGAGCACUGCAUUGGAGGCAGGACAGAGGACCCAGCCUGCGACCAGUUGUGGAAACCCAGCCGGGCUUGCAGUGGGGCAAAGCCGACACUGCAUUCUUCUUCCCUGUUUCCUACUUCUGUGUGGGAUUUGGGGGAUUUCUAGGACAGGUUCCCCCACCCCCUGGCCAGUUUCCCUUCUGGGCAGAGCGUAAAGCUCAGAGGCUGAGGCCCUUGCCUUACCGCUUUAGCGCUAGGCAUAGCUCCAGUGACUUGCUUAGGGGCUUCAGUUUGUGAAGAUGCCGGCAGCCCGUCGGUUCCCUGGCCUUGAGCUCUCCUUCCCUCUCCUGGCCAGACUGCGCCGACGUCUGUACACAAGGCUAGGGAGCAGCAGCAUGCAGCCAGAGGAGGGAACAGGCUGGCUGUUGGAGCUUCUGUCCGAGGUGCAGCUACAACAGUAUUUCCUGAGGCUUCGCGAUGACCUCAACAUUACCCGCCUGUCCCACUUUGAAUAUGUCAAGAACGAAGACCUGGAAAAGAUUGGCAUGGGCCGCCCUGGCCAGAGGCGGCUGUGGGAGGCUGUGAAGAGGAGGAAGGCCAUGUGCAAACGCAAGUCAUGGAUGAGCAAGGUGUUCAGUGGAAAGCGGCUGGAGGCUGAGUUCCCUCCCCAUCACUCUCAGAACACCUUCCGGAAGCCCUCACCCACCCCAGGGGCCCUGGCAGGGGAGGGGACCCUGCAGAGCCUCACCUGCCUCAUCGGGGAGAAGGACCUGCGCCUCCUGGAGAAGCUGGGAGACGGCUCCUUUGGCGUGGUGCGCAGGGGCGAAUGGGACUCCCCUGCCGGGAAGACGGUGAGUGUGGCCGUGAAAUGCCUGAAACCCGAUGUGCUGAGCCAGCCGGAGGCCAUGGACGACUUCAUCCGGGAGGUCAAUGCCAUGCAUUCACUUGACCAUCGAAACCUCAUUCGCUUGUAUGGUGUGGUACUCACGCCACCUAUGAAAAUGGUGACAGAGCUGGCACCUCUGGGAUCCCUGUUGGACCGACUACGUAAACACCAAGGGCAUUUCCUGUUGGGGACCCUGAGCCGCUACGCUGUCCAGGUGGCUGAGGGCAUGGGCUACCUGGAGUCCAAGCGCUUCAUUCACCGUGACCUGGCUGCUCGGAAUCUGCUGUUGGCUACUCGUGAUCUGGUCAAGAUUGGGGACUUUGGACUGAUGAGAGCUCUGCCCCAGAAUGACGACCACUAUGUCAUGCAAGAACAUCGCAAGGUGCCCUUUGCCUGGUGUGCCCCUGAGAGCCUGAAAACACGGACUUUCUCCCAUGCCAGCGACACCUGGAUGUUUGGGGUCACGCUGUGGGAGAUGUUCACGUAUGGCCAGGAGCCCUGGAUUGGCCUCAACGGCAGCCAGAUCCUGCAUAAGAUUGACAAGGAAGGGGAGCGCCUGCCCCGGCCUGAGGACUGCCCCCAAGACAUCUACAAUGUUAUGGUCCAGUGCUGGGCACACAAGCCAGAGGACAGACCCACAUUUGUGGCCCUUCGAGACUUCUUGCUGGAGGCUCAGCCUACUGACAUGCGGGCCCUUCAGGACUUCGAGGAGCCAGAUAAGCUGCACAUCCAGAUGAAUGACGUCAUCACUGUCAUCGAGGGAAGGGCUGAGAACUACUGGUGGCGUGGCCAGAACACACGGACACUAUGUGUAGGACCCUUCCCUCGAAAUGUGGUGACUUCCGUGGCUGGCCUGUCAGCCCAGGACAUCAGCCAGCCUCUACAGAAUAGCUUCAUCCACACAGGGCAUGGCGACAGUGACCCCCGCCACUGCUGGGGCUUCCCUGACAGGAUUGAUGAGCUCUACCUGGGAAACCCCAUGGACCCUCCUGACUUGCUGAGUGUAGAAUUGAGCACCUCCCGACCCACCCAGCAUCUAGGAAGGGUGAAAAGGGAGCCUCCACCUCGCCCACCUCAGCCUGCCAUCUUCACUCAGAAGCCAACGUAUGACCCUGUGAGUGAGGACCAAGACCCCCUGGCCAGCGACUUUAAGAGGCUCUGCCUGAGGAAGCCAGGCCUGCCCCGAGGGCUGUGGCUAGCAAAGCCCUCAGCCCGGGUGCCAGGCACCAAGGCAGGCCGCAGCAGUGGGGGCGAGGUCACGCUCAUAGACUUUGGCGAGGAGCCCGUGGUCCCAGCCCCACGGCCCUGCGCGCCCUCCUUGGCACAGUUGGCCAUGGAUGCCUGCUCCUUGCUGGACAAGACACCGCCACAGAGCCCCACACGGGCACUGCCACGACCUUUACACCCCACACCCGUAGUAGACUGGGACGCCCGUCCGCUGCCCCCACCCCCUGCCUACGAUGAUGUGGCCCAAGAUGAGGAUGACUUUGAGGUCUGCUCUAUCAACAACACCCUAGUGGGUGCAGGGCUCCCUCCUGGGCCCAGCCAGGGCGAGACCAAUUACGCCUUUGUGCCUGAGCAGGCACAGCUGCCCCCUGCCCUGGAGGAUAACCUGUUCCUUCCACCCCAGGGUGGAGGCAAGCCAGCCAGCUCGGCCCAGACAGCAGAGAUUUUCCAGGCACUGCAGCAGGAGUGUAUGCGGCAGCUCCAGGUCCCCACCGGCCAGCUGACCCCCUCCCCUACCCCAGGGGGUGAUGACAAGCCCCAGGUGCCACCCCGGGUACCUAUCCCCCCUCGGCCCACACGUUCCCGCGUGGGGCUAUCUCCAGCUCCCUCGGGUGAGGAAGAGACAAGUCAGUGGCCUGGACCUGCCUCCCCUCCCCGGGUGCCUCCUCGGGAGCCCCUGUCCCCUCAAGGUUCGAGGACCCCAAGUCCCCUAGUGCCACCUGGCAGCUCUCCACUACCACACCGGCUUUCUAGCUCACCCGGAAAGACCAUGCCCACCACCCAAAGCUUCGCCUCAGACCCGAAGUAUGCCACGCCACAAGUGAUCCAGGCUCCUGGCUCUCGGGCUGGCCCCUGCAUCCUGCCCAUUGUCCGUGAUGGCAGGAAGGUCAGCAGUACUCACUACUACCUGCUGCCCGAGCGCCCCCCUUACCUGGAGCGCUAUCAGCGCUUCCUGCAGGAGGCCCAGAGCCCCCAAGAGCCGGCCUCCCUGCCCGUGCCCCUGCUGCUGCCCCCACCCAGUACCCCAGCCCCUGCUGCCCCCACUGCCACCGUUCGACCUAUGCCUCAGGCUGCCCCAGACCCAAAGGCCAACUUCUCCACCAAUAACAGCAACCCGGGGGCCCGGCCACCAGCCCCGAGGGCCACUGCUCGGCUGCCGCAGAGGGGCUGCCCGGGUGACGGGCAAGAGGCUGCCCGGCCAGCAGACAAGGUCCAGAUGCUGCAGGCCAUGGUGCAUGGGGUGACCACAGAGGAGUGCCAGGCGGCCCUGCAGAGCCACAGCUGGAGUGUGCAGAGGGCUGCCCAGUAUCUGAAGGUGGAGCAGCUCUUUGGGCUGGGUCUUCGGCCGCGAGGGGAGUGCCACAAAGUCCUGGAGAUGUUCGACUGGAACCUGGAGCAAGCCGGCUGCCACCUCCUGGGCUCCUGUGGCCCUGCCCACCACAAACGCUGACGGUUGACUGGAGAGCAAUGGUCUGUCCUAAAGGAACCACUUGAGCCUGUCUGUGGGACAGGGUGGAGAGAUGCCCUGCCUCAGGCCUGAAGACCCACUGCUGCCUGCUGCUCCCAGCGGACAGAGUGAGACCGAGGCAGCAGGAGGCUGCGAGCCCCCCUUGCCCACCUCACUCACCCACCCAGCGCUGUUCUGCACACCUUGGUUCAGCCCUUAGAGCCCCAACCAAGAGGUGGGAAGGAGCCUUGUGAAGACAAGACGGGAAGCUGCCUGGCAGGCCUGUGUGUGACCUGCCUCUGGCUCCAGAUCAAGGCUGGGCUAGUGGCUAGAGUGUGCCCUGGGCUUCCCUUGGGGGACUGGACUGAGAGGAAGCCAGGCUUGACUUGGACAAGAAGGAUGUGUUGGCCACACAGAAGGGUGGGCCAGCACCCAACAGGCCCUCCUCAGGGCUGGGACUUUUGCCCGGGAGCCCCUGUAGGCAUUUGGAGUGUUGGACAGAAUGUGACCCUCGGCUUCACUGUGAACUUGUGGGCUUGGCCGGUCUUAGGAUCUUGUACCUGUAAACAGCCUGAAGUGGCUCAGGAGUAGAGAAAAGGUGCCAGGAUUUUCUCUGGCAGGGACCAGGGCCCAAGGCCCCAGGGUUGGAAGGAGACCCCAGGGGCACCAGUAGUUUCCUGUUUGACCCCUGCCCUUCCCCUGUUGCUGUUCGAUGUGUUCCCAUCAGCCUCUCUUGCCAAAGUCGCCGCCCCAGCUAUGGAUACUUGCUUCUUCCAGAGAAAUAAAGUUCGUUUCUAUUUUAUGUUA